GCCCUCGCGGCUCAGCCAAUCGGCGGCGACCGGCGUCCGUGCGCUCGGGUCCCGUCUGCGGUCCUCCCGCCUCCGGCGCUCGCCCGCCACUCGCUCAUUCUGCUGCCCGCCGAACUGCAGUCCGCCGACUCGAUAACCGCUCGAGAUGGCAGAAGCUCACCAAGCUGUGGCCUUUCAGUUCACUGUCACUCCAGACGGGAUCGACCUCCAGCUGAGCCAUGAAGCCCUUAAACAGAUCUGUCUCUCAGGCCUUCAUUCCUGGAAAAAGAAGUUCAUCCGAUUCAAGAAUGGCAUCAUCACCGGCGUGUUCCCGGCCAGUCCUUCCAGCUGGUUCAUCGUGGUGGUGGGUGUGAUGUCAUCCAUGUACACCAAGGUGGACCCUUCCUUAGGGAUGAUCACCAGGAUCAGCCGGACCCUUGAUGGCACCGGCUACAUGUCCACCCAGACGAAGGACGUGGUCAGUGGUUUCCUCUUCGGCACAGGCCUGUGGGUGGCGCUCAUCUUCACCAUGCGCUACUCGCUGAAGGUGCUCCUGUCCUACCACGGCUGGAUGUUCGCCGAGCACGGCAAGAUGAGCCGCAGCACCAAGAUCUGGAUGACUAUGGUCAAGAUCUUUUCAGGUCGGAAACCCAUGUUGUACAGCUUCCAGACCUCUCUUCCUCGUCAGCCGGUGCCAGCAGUCAAAGAUACCGUGAACAGGUAUUUGGAAUCAGUGAAGCCUCUUAUGAAGGAGGAAGACUUUAAGAGGAUGACAGUGCUUGCCCAAGAUUUUGCCGUCAAUCUUGGACCAAGACUGCAGUGGUAUUUGAAGUUAAAGUCCUGGUGGGCCACGAAUUAUGUGAGCGACUGGUGGGAGCAGUACAUCUACCUCCGGGGCCGCGGGCCGCUGAUGGUGAACAGCAACUACUACGCCAUGGAGUUGCUCUAUGUCACCCCGACCCCUAUCCAGGCAGCAAGAGCGGGCAACACCAUCCACGCCAUCCUGCUGUACAGACGCAAGCUGGACCGGGAGGAAAUCCAACCAAUUCGUCUUGCUUCUACAAUUCCCCUCUGCUCAGCACAGUGGGAGCGGUUGUUCAACACCUGCCGGAUCCCGGGGGAGGAGACAGACACCAUCCAGCACCUCAAGGACAGCCGGCACAUUGUCGUGUACCACAGGGGCCGCUUCUUCAAGGUCUGGCUCUACCACAAUGGGCGGCUGCUGAAGCCUCGAGAGCUGGAGCAGCAGAUGCAGCGGAUCCUGGAUGACCCCUCAGAGCCUCAGCCCGGGGAGGCCAAGCUGGCCGCCCUCACUGCCGGAGACAGAAUACCCUGGGCCAGAUGUCGCAAGGCCUACUUUGCACGAGGGAAAAAUAAGCAGUCCCUAGAUGCUGUGGAAAAAGCAGCGUUCUUUGUGACACUAGAUGAAACUGAGCAAGGAUACAGAAAGGAAGAUCCGGAAGCAUCCAUGGACAGCUAUGCCAAGUCCCUCCUGCACGGCCAGUGUUAUGACAGGUGGUUUGACAAGUCCCUCACGUAUAUUGUCUUCAAGAAUGGCAAGAUAGGCAUGAACGCAGAGCACUCCUGGGCGGAUGCGCCCAUCGUGGCCCACCUUUGGGAGGAAAUCAUGGCCACAGACUGGUUUCAGCUGGGCUACGAGGAGGACGGACAUUGUAAAGGGAACACCAACCCCAACAUCCCCUACCCCACCAGGCUACAGUGGGACAUCCCAGAAGCGUGCCAGGAGGUGAUAGAGACCUCCCUGAGCGCCGCGAACCUUUUGGCGAACAAUGUGGACAUGAAUUCUUUCCCGUUCCAUACCUUUGGGAAAGGACUCAUCAAGAAGUGCCGGACCAGCCCGGAUGCGUUCAUCCAGCUUGCCCUGCAGCUGGCUCACUAUAAGGACAUGGGCAAGUUCUGCCUCACAUACGAGGCCUCCAUGACCCGGCUCUUCCGAGAGGGGAGGACCGAGACUGUGCGCUCCUGCACCAUGGAGUCCUGCAACUUCGUGCUGGCCAUGGUGGACCCCACCCAGACGGUUGAACAGAAGCUCAAAUUGUUCAAGGCAGCAUGUGAGAAGCAUCAGCUCCUGUACCGCCUGGCCAUGACUGGUGCUGGCAUCGACCGCCAUCUCUUCUGCCUCUACGUGGUCUCCAAGUACCUUGCUGUGGAGUCCCCUUUCCUGAAAGAGGUUUUAUCCGAGCCUUGGCGAUUGUCUACAAGCCAGACCCCGCAGCAGCAGGUGGAGCUCUUUGAUUUCUCGAAGUACCCGAACUACGUGUCUGGUGGAGGGGGCUUUGGACCGGUUGCUGAUGAUGGCUACGGUGUGUCAUACAUCAUCGUGGGAGAGCACUUCAUCCACUUUCACAUUUCUUCCAAAUUCUCCAGCCCUGAGACAGACUCUCACCGCUUCGGGAAGCACCUGAGAGAAGCCAUGAGCGACAUAAUUGCCUUGUUUGGGCUCACAGAGAAUUCCAAAAAGUAAUUCCCCUGGCACCCCCGUGAAGGGAAACGGACUCUUCUGCAAACCAAAUGAAGAAUAGAUAGUAAUCCUGGGUGUAGUUCAGGAUGAAAGUUGCUCUUAGAAAAGUCAGAAGUUUUCCUUCCAGAAAGGGCUUGUUGUUUCUGUCUCCCUGGAGUGGUAGGCACACUGUGUGAAGUGCGACCCUACUACCUGUGGGUUGGCCCUGGACAUAGCACCCCUUGAGGCUUUGCACCUGCUUGUGCUUAUUAAGGGAUUAGCAUGUUAUUGAGUUAAUGAAGGAAUUAGUGGGGUUGCGGCUUCACAUGCAUUGGGAAUGUAAAUGACAUGCUUCCUCAGAGGUGACCAAGUACCUGGUACUUACUCGUCACAGCGGGGUAAACUUCUGGCUAAUGAAAAAGAAAUAUUGUUCCUGUUGGCAGUGAUAACAGUUGCAGCUAACACACAAUGCACUAACUGAAAAUGCCGUGCUUGGGGUUUGUCGCUGGGGGUGAUGGUCCUCGGUAUGGUAGUCUGUGACUGCAUCUCCAUGCUUGAAGCAGGUUGUAGACCUCAGCCUUAGAGUUCCUAAGCCUGCAUGUCUUCAAACCCAGUGCCUUAAAGAUGAAGGCCUUCAGGGUGGGGUGGGGGAGGGGCAUAGGAAAUGUUUAUUUUGUGUCAGCUUUGGGUGGAACUGGGGUUGAGGGUUGUUGCUCCCUUCUCAGUUCAGUGAGUAUGGCUAUCCCUAAGUAAGUGUUUGCUAUGGUUCCCCUCCCCUGGAAGGCCAAUCCCUCUGCCAGGAGCAGCAAUGCUGGGUUCCCCUCCUUGGCCACCCUGUCUGUCAUUGUUAGGCAACAGAAGAGAUCAGUUAUGUCAGAAAGGGGAACAAAGGACGCGAUGGCCAGAUACUAUAUAUCUGGAGACACGGCUGAGUCAUUAAAUAGUAUGUGUGCCUCAGGAUGAAUGCAUCCCUUGCUGACAAUGAGGAGAGGAAGGCCCCGGCCAAUAGGACAGCAGCGGAGCUUGAGGGAGGGCAGGUCAGCCUCACCAUGGCCUGGAGAUGCAGGUCCUGGACACCAGCGGGAUUUCCUUCUGAUCCCACCUGGUCAGAGAAGACCUGCUUCUGUUUCCAGAGGAGCUGGAGGUGGCUGGAAACAGCAGCUGGGUCCUCUGGGUGACAGACCCAAGUGUUGCAGGUGAUGGGUGCUAGGUCCACACAGCCUGUCCUUAGAUAGGAGUGCCUUUCUCGAAAGCGCCUGAUUGACCACAAAGCAGUUAUGCACUGAUCAUCUUCCAUAUUUACUGUAGACAUAAAGGUCAUGGAGUGACAUUCCCACUGCCUCUGUCUGGCUUGUCGUGACAAACUUAGCUGUCUGUUUUUUAAACUGUAUUUAUUUUUCUGACCACUUUGUCCUCGCUGGCUUUGCCCCCACUUCAUGCUUUUUUUUGAGGCGGGGAGGGUUCUGGUACCAGGAACCGAACUCAUGACCUUGCGCUUGCCAGGCAGGCGCUGUGCCGCUGAACUAAAUCCCCAGCCCCUCCCCCUUCAUGCUUUUAUGCUCUGGUGGAACAAAAGUGUGGGUGGAAUAUGGGAGUAGAUACAAGGCGCUUGCUAAUGAACCGAUGCAUACUUAUUUAUGUAUAUUUUGCAGUGUAAAAAUCCCACCUAAAUGGGCCAAAGAUUUUUUUUCCUCUUAAAAGUAAGGAGGAAUGAAAACAAAUGGGAAAAAAAAAAAAGAAACGACAGUAACAUUCCCCCCUAAUUUUCUGUGGUGUGCAGUGAGGCAGGUUUGGGGAGAAAUCACCCCUUCUUGCCCAGGCCAGGUGUAGCUUCUUAGCCAAGAGGGAGCAGCCAGCAGCAGUUUCUAUCCGAGCCAGCUGGAACGUGAAGUAGUGACCACUGAGCAGUUUGUCACCAGGCGUUCACACGUGAAUUCGAGUGUAGACACAUUAGUGCUCAAAUGUGUUUGGGCUUCUUUCUCAGGUUUUAUAUGUUUCAAAUGUAAUUGUUGCUAAUCAGUGCAGUUAUCAAUGCAGUUUUAUAUUCUUUAAAAGAAAGAAGAAUGGGUUUUUAUUGUACUGUCAAAAGGGGGAGAUAGGAGUAUUAUGUAUUUUAUUUAAUUUGGAACAAAUAAUUGUCUUAAUGCAACCACUGUUUGAAUUUGUUACCUUAAUCUGUCCUUGGCAUGUAAAUACCAUAUGCUCCCUGGAUGUAAGUCCUAGAAAUGCAUGAUGUGAAUUUAGGUUAUCAUUAAUAAAACAUUAAUCCCUGUCUACUACA